UGAGAAUGAAUCAUAUAAUCAAUUUAAUCCAACUCUUUUAACAAAGAAGCUAGCUAGAUUUGUUGCUUGCAUUUAAGAGUCAUGAUUAUAAAGGCAGGAAGAGUAGAGGUGGAACACGACUGCGCGUGAAGUAUGAGUCAAGACACAGACAUCUCAACUCAAUUCCCAAUAUCUUGUCUCAUUCCCGCAAGGCUCCCCCAUUGUCCUUGUUCUCUCAUCUUCCAAUUUGCAUUCCUAUCCAAAACUGCUCCAUCCUCAGUUUUUAUACUCUCUCACCAUUCACAUGCACCCUUCAAUUCUUUCUUAUAUAAUGUUCCUUAGUGGACAGUACUCAAUCACAUGUGUACACUAUGGAUCUUCAUUUGACUCUCUCUCUCUCCAAUGCUUCUAGCAAGACUCAUUUCCCAAACAAGAAACGUAGUUUUCCCCAAUUCAAUGAACUCGUAGAACAAACGUCUAGUAACACCAACGGAUCAGAUGUUAUGAAUCCCACUCUUUCUCUCCUCCCAUUAACUCCUCAUGGCCACUCAGAUCAUCAUGAACAUGAACCCUCCUGUCAGAGUUCCACUUCCACUAUCACCAAGAGAGGUGAAGAUGAUGGAGAAGCUCUCCUGGGCUGGCCUCCGGUUAGUUAUAGGAAAAAGAAACAUAGUUACAAUGAGGAUCAAGAGGUGUCAAGCAAUUACGUGAAAGUGAAGAUGGAGGGUGUAGGAAUAGCUAGAAAAGUUAAUCUCACCCCACACCAUUCAUUUCAAACUCUCAACCAAACUUUGAUGCAUAUGUUUGGAAAAUGUGAUGAUGAUCAACAACAGUAUGAACUGGUUUAUCAAGACAAAGAAGGUGACUGGAUUCUUGCUCAAGAUGUUCCAUGGAGAAGUUUCAUGGAGUGUGCCCAACGCCUCAAAUUGCUCCAGAGGAGGGGAUAACAACUUUGCAUUAUUAGGGCCUGUUCCUCUAAAAACCUGAGUGCAUAAAGCAGGAAAAAAAAUAGUUUAACUUAUAUAAAAAAAAAAAUAGUUUGCCUUUCUUGCAUAGAAACAACCAUAAAUUCAUAUUCUUACGUAAGAAUUGAGAAAAUUUUAAUUUCUUUUUUAUUUGAAUUUAUGGAGUGGCUGUGAUUAAGAAGGAAAGAGAAAAUCUUAUAUUUAUUAUUUAAUUAAUUGAAAUUUUGUGAUUAGU